AUGUUUGUGACACUCGAGAACGUUCCGUUCAUUCUGCUUGGGCUUGCCGCAGCCUAUUACCUCGUGCCAUACCUGCAACGGUCGCAUCUGCGUGAUAUUCCCGCUCCCGGGUUUGCUGCUUUCACGAACGUUUGGCUUUUGAUCCAGGCUCGCCAGGGCCAAAAGUACAUCUCUGUCGACGAUGCCCACAAGAAAUAUGGAAAGUUGGUCCGCAUUUCGCCCACCCAGGUCUCCGUUGCCGAUGAUGCUGCCAUUCAGAGCAUCUAUGGACACGGCAACGGUUUCUUGAAAGCUGACUUCUACGACGCCUUCGUUUCGAUCCGCCGUGGCUUGUUCAACACCCGUGACCGUGCCGAGCACUCGCGCAAACGCAAAACCGUCGCCCACACCUUCAGUGCCAAGUCCAUUGGUCAGUUCGAGCAGUACAUCCACGGCAACAUUGAGGAGUUUGUGAAGCAAUGGCAGCGUCUGUCUGACCUGCAGGGUAACCCCAAGACUGGCUAUGCUAGCCUCGACGCCCUGAACUGGUUCAACUAUCUUGCCUUUGACAUCAUCGGUGAUUUAGCCUUUGGUGCUCCAUUCGGCAUGCUUGUGAAGGGCAAGGAUAUUGCCGAGAUGCGCAAGGACCCCAAGGACCCGCCCAAGUAUGUUGCCGCCGUCGAGGUCCUCAACCGUCGUGGUGAGGUCUCCGCUGCGCUGGGCUGCAUGCCCUCUCUUAUUCCUUUUGCGAAGUACCUCCCCGACCGCUUCUUUACUGAAGGCAUCCAGGCCGUUGAGAACCUGGCUGGCAUUGCUAUUGCACGUGUCAAUGAACGUCUCAAGCCCGAGGUCAUGGCCAACAACACCCGUGUUGACUUGCUCGCCCGCUUGAUGGAAGGAAAGGAUGGUAACGGCAACCAGCUCGAGCGUGCCGAACUUACUGCCGAAGCGCUCACCCAGCUGAUCGCCGGCUCUGAUACUACUUCCAACACCGCUUGCGCUAUCCUCUACUGGUGUAUGCGUACUCCCCAUGUGCUUCCUAAGCUGCGCAAGGCUCUCGACGAAUCUAUCCCCAAGGACAUCGAAGUUCCUACCCAUGCCAUGGUCAAGGAAAUUCCCUACCUCCAAUACGUCAUUUGGGAAACCAUGCGCAUCCAUAGCACGUCGGCCAUGGGUCUUCCCCGCGAGAUUCCCGCUGGCGCUGCUCCUGUCGUGAUCUGCGGACACACCUUCAAUCCCGGUGAUGUCCUCUCUGUGCCCAGCUACACCAUCCACCGCUCUAAGGAGAUCUGGGGUGCUGAUGCCGAGGAAUUUGUUCCCGAGCGCUGGUCCCCCGAGCGUCUCAGCGCCCGUCAGAAGGCCGCAUUCAUCCCAUUUAGUCACGGUCCUCGUGCUUGUGUCGGUCGCAACGUCGCUGAGAUGGAGCUCCUUGUCAUAUGCGCCACUGUCUUCCGCCUGUUCGAGUUUGAGAUGCAGCAGGACGGCCCCAUGGAGACUCGUGAGGGUUUCCUGCGUAAGCCUCUUGGUUUGGACGUUGGUAUGCGUCGUCGUCGAGUUUAA